AUGGUACCGAAGGACGUCUACCCGAGAGAACACGAACUACGAACGAAUCUGUUCGCCCAGUCUUGGGAACCGAAAUUGCGGGAGCUGCCGGGGGAGCUGAAAGCGAUGGUGAAGAUCACAAAGAAAUAUGGCCUUCGACAAGAAGGUCUAGCGUUCUCGAGGCGGAUACUGCGCGACAUGCCGAUCUGGGCACAUAAGCAAGUUAACCAGAAAGACCUGCGGAAGCUUGCGGUGAAGUCAGCAACGACGACAUGCCUGAAAUUCAAACACAGGCUCCGCACAGUGGGCGACUGCGAGAAGAUGGCAGGAGUUCUGGAGGAUGCAUCGCACAGACGAUCGAGAGAGUGCUCCUGUGCGGGGUGUGAGCGUGCGAUAACGGAAGACAGAUGCACGUACCCAGAUAGGUGCUUCGAACGUGCUAGACGGCUCCUUGACCUUCUCCCGCCGAAGUGGGACCCGAGGGGCACGCACCCGGAAGACUAUGAAGAUGAGGACAUGAGGGAGGGACAGGGCGCCGCUCAAAAUGCGACGCUCUUCGACAGACGAGUCACCACCAGCGGCUCGAUCAGCGAUACCUAUCGCAUCUUCACCGACCACCGACCGACGUACAAUGGCCGGCUUGACAUGCAGCUGCGACCGAGCGGUGAAUCUCUGACGGUGGCGACGGAUGGCUCAUGCCUCAACAAUGGUCGAGGGAACACAGAGGCGGGUGCUGGAGUGUUUGUUGCUGCCGGUCACUGCCAGAACCGGGCGGUCAAGCUCCCGGACUCGUUCGAGCACACAAACCAGACGGCGGAGAUGACGGCCACGCUAGUUGCGUCAAAGGAAUUCGAU